AUGGCUUAUGUCUAUGGCAUAGGGAUAACAUGGAUUAAUAUUUUCCACUUACUGAUUGACUCAUACUUAAUGCCGUGUUGCCGGUGCCGCGGCACUGGCACGGCACCAGCGCAAGUUCUGACUGUACCGGCACUGAACCGGCACCGUUUGACAUGCCCAAUGUGCACAGGCUCUAUCAGGACCGGCACUAACGGAACUCAAGCGGCAUCGGCACUAUAUGCCGUGAAUUUAAGCGGCACCGAGAAUGGUUUAUUCGCAAAUCCAAACGAUUGCAACACGUAUUACGAGUGCUAUGAUAGCCGUAUGUGGAGCCGUAAUUGCAGACCCGGGCUUCAUUGGAACCCAAUAAUUGAAACGUGUGACUACCCUAACAAAGCUGUUUGUGACGACGAGCGGCGAAAAGCGGACAACUCUCAGGGCAAAAAUAGCCUAUGGUACUAUUAA